AGCCGUUAUUGGAGUCACUUGAGUUGUUGAACGGGAACACGAGGCUCCACUGGAUACUGUCAGGUAUACACAGCCGAGAACACUGAAACCCUAUGGCACUUUGAAGACAUAAAUUCAAGCUCCUCCGACCAGACAAAGCUGCUUCUAUCGGACGAGUUACUUGAUUACUUCUCCAUCAGCUGCUCUUUGAUCACCUGUUUAACCCUUCCAAGCUUCCCGAUAUCAGAUCAGAUUAUCAUGAAGCUCCUUUCACUCGUCACUAUGGCUGCUUGCAUGGUUGCUCCAGUCAUGAGCAUGCCAAUUGCCGACGAGUCAAAGCCAGCAGACGGUACCUCUGAGGUUCUAAUCGCAUUUGAGGACCUGGUCCACACUACAUCGGCUGACGCUAUGCAUGUAUUGGACGUCUUUGCCAACAUCACCAAAUCCGGCAUCGAGUCAUACGACAAGACCCUUGAAAUCUUGGCUUCAGACUUCUCCCAGACUAUCACCGCCAUCGAUCACAUCGUCGAAGACAUCGCUAAGGCGGCAAUCCCUCUUUCGGCUGAUAAUGCCAAAAUCCUCGCCAAUGGUUUCCAGACAAUCCAGGCCGUCACUGCAAACGUAACCGCGGCCUUCGAUCAUCUCUUGAACACUGAGAAGGGUAUCGCCGACGAGAUUCACGAAGACAUUUCUAGAACCCUUGACCUCACCAGCCAACUCGUCGGCGUGUUUUUGAAAGCUUCUCCGUCAAUCUUGUCUUACUUGGCCACCACUGCGACUAUCUACGCUGAUGUGGCCCAGCUGUUGACUGACUUCACCAUGAUUGCAGCACCUCUAACGGCCAUUGCAGUCAAGGUACUUGGUCUCAUCGCUUUGAUCGUUUGAUGUCGCUUUUAUGCCAAGGUUGAUGCAGUGUGAUGGAUCAAUGAUACGCGCCUUUCGCAUGCCAAUCUGGUAUGAGUUUUCAUCGGAGUGGUGUUACUUGUGUGUAAGGGGAAGUUUCCCGAGUCAUUCUUUUGCAUUGUAGUAAAUUGGACAGGCCGCAUUCAACAUAUCGUCAUGCAGCAUGCAAUACAUUAUAUAGAUCCAAAUAAACCAUUUUUCAACUGGCAGCCAGCUGCAGCAGUUGAGAC